CGUUCCCCUGGCAACUCUACUCAGAUUACAUACGACUACUUUAUCAUGCGAUAAGAUUUCCUAGUUCAACUUCUAUCCUUUAACAUUUCAAUAUUCUUUGUCUAAGUAUUUUUGAUUGUUUUUCUAUCUGAAAUAUCUGUGAAUAAUCUCAUAGUUCGCAAGACAGUUUUGUGAUUCGGUGGAAUCGAAAGAUUACCAGAAAAAUUUAAUCAGCUUCUUAAGGAAUUAUUUACAAUGAAUUUUUAAUCAUCAUCGCCUAAAAAACGUUCGAUUUGGAAUUAUUACAUUUGGCUACGACAUAAAAAAAAAUGUGUUUGCAUUCCAAAGGAGUCAAAACGAUUAUAUGGAAGCCUAGCCACAUGGAUACCAAUUACAGAGCAAAUAUCGGCAAGUGGCUGCCACCUCCAGGCGACGUUUUCGAGAAAUGGUUUGUCAACUCGUCGAUGGUUAGAGAGAGCAUAGACAAUCUUGUUGAAUCCAUAGCCUUAAUUAUCCAGGACAUCACAGAUUCACAGAUCUGUGAAUUCGAGGUAUAUAAGAGAGUUGCAAACGAUCUAGAAGAGAUAACGAAAGGGUACAAAUCGAUCAGUACGACGAGCCUUAAUACACAUCCGAUUUACAAGUAUAAGAUGUGUCAUUUCUUGACGAUAUUAAAACGAAAAUUGAACGUACUCAUAAGGUUCACUCGCAAUUUGAUAAACGAAAUCGUCGAUUGUAAGAGUGACGAGCUGCUUAGGAUUAUUUUUAGGUUGGUGAACAUUUAUAACGAUAUAUUAGACAUGGAUAUCGACGUUUCUGGUCCUUCAACAAGCGUAUUCUGUAAUGAUUGUCCUUAUAUAUUGGAACCAAUGAAGAAAAUAUCCGUUACUCGAAUAUUGCAGGUGCUGGCCAAAAAUAGAGCGGAAGAAUCUUGUCACGAACUCAUUGACUGCCUUUUAGCAAAUUACAAGCCCCGCGAGAAAACCGAUCCCUCUACGGCAAUAUCUGGCGACGCCGACGUUUCCGAAAAUUCGAGUAUCGAGAUUUAUCGAGCGCUUACGAGACACUUAACGCCGCCGAUCGAAAGUUCCACGUCGAGAACGGAGUUGGAGGUAUCAAAUAUUGAGAGCAUUCAGACAUUAGUCAAUACUCAAAAUGAACAGGUACUGAGGCUGUUAAACGUCGUGCAAGAUGUUUCACCGAAAUUAUUUGGCACUGAUGCGUUAAAAAUUAGCAAAGGCGAGACAAGAUUGAGAAGCAGUGCGACAAAGAAGGUGAAGAAUUAUUAUCAAGAAAUUGCGUGGGGCGCUCUAUCAAGUAUUCUGGAUCACGUGGUUCUCUGGUGGUCUUCGGAGGCUCUGGCUACUCGUCAUAACCAUGGAGCACAGCAGCUUAAAGAUUGGCUUAGUCAAUUCAUCCAGAAGAAUCAUGUACCACAAACGGUGAGACCAGCGUUACAGAAUCUUUGCGACGCACUUGGUUAUCACGCCACGAUUACAGAAUGGGAUCAGUUCUUUAGACUGGCUUAUACAUCAGCUUUUAAAUGUCAAUCCAAAGCUUCCUUCACGGAGGUAUCUGACACGGGUCAAAUGUUUGUAGAAUUGUUCCAACUGCUCGUUAGGUUGAGCAACGAAUGCGAGGCAGGGGGUGAAUGGGUGAUAGGAGCACCAUUGAUAGAGCUACCACUAUCGGAACAGAUCGUCAUCCUCCAUCGAUUAGAUCAUUCGGUACAUACAGCGAGACUAUGGAUAGUACAGGAGGCGAAAAUCAUAGCUCAUACGUGGGAACUGGACGUUUUCUUUCUUUUGGUAAAAGGUGAUAUAGUGAACUGUCUCGAAGAACUUUCAUAUUUAAAGCUGGCUGAUCAUACGAGUAUAUUGUCAACAGAUUCUGUGAGUGUUCAGGUAUAUGUUUGCGCGAAAAUGAGAGCGAAAAUCGUGUCUGAAGUAAAUGUCAACAUAGAUUUACUCCAGAAGUGUUCCAGAAAGUGUGUAGAAAUUCUGGCAAAAAUCUGCCGCGUGGUCAGCCUAGCGAAUCUGCACAUGUGUUUUCCACGGUCAAGUUACUGGAGGAAAGGGAGCGACGUUGCUCCAGUGACUGCUAGUCUUUACGUGGAGUCUUAUUUCGAGAAAGUAUUGCUUCCGGUGUUGGAAGUUAUUGAAGAUCCCGAGACAUCGAAUAUGAUUCUGAAAAUUAUGUGCGAGGCAUGGCUGGAUUACAUCUAUCUGCACCGUAUUAAAUUUAGCGAAUAUGGUGCGUUGCAAUUGCUUACGGACUUCGCGUACGUAUCGAAAUGGGUGACAAAUUGCCCGAUUAUUUCUCAGAAUGUACGAGAUCAUCUUUUGAAAAACGAAGUGCUCCGACGAUGUGAAGGAGUGGGUCGAUUGCUCCUUCGACAUCCUGGCGAGGCUAUUUCUAUGCAUAAAAGACUCACCAGAAGAACAAACGAGCGUGGGUCGCCCGAAUCCCCGGGAUUGGAACGCAUGCCAGCGGAAAUGUACGUCCCCAACCAGGAACAAUGGCUGGAGCUUCGCGCCUCGAAAAGAUACAACUUUUGUUGCACCGAAUGAUCAAAACAUUUCAACGAAUUUAUUAUAUGAAAACAAUCAUAAGAUUUUAAUAUUUAGAUCCAGGUUACUCGUUUCCAAACCAAAUAUACCAUAAUAAUAUAAUAACUAAUCAACUAAAUCAACUUGCUAUAAUCUUUAUUAAAUCGACUUAAAGAUAGAUGUCUCAUCAGCUUAUUCUAGUCGUUUUAGUAGGUUUUUGUGUUUGUCUUCGUUAUUUUUUCGCGCUUGCUCUUUCAUUUCUCAUUUAAACUUGAAUAGGAAUAUCGAGUAUCUGGAUGCAACUGCAAUGUUACGAACGAAUUACGUACGCAUAUAGGCUAAUUCUGCACGCGUAUUGUUCCAACAAAGCUGGAAGAUCCCCGGCGCGAAUUCAAGCGAGUUAUGCGUCUGCGAAGCCCGUCAACGGGAAGGAAACCUUUCGGCAAACCUUCGCGCGUCACGUAUUACGUUACGCAUCUCCAUACAUUACGAAAUAAAAAGGGACAAUAUGUUGUAUAA